AUUGUGCCUGGGAGCGCGGCGCGCGCGCGGUGCCGCGUGACGCCCGGGGAGCGCGUGUGGGCGCGAGGCGGCGGGCCUGGGCCAUAGACGCGGGCCGGAAGGAGAGGAGAGGGGAGCGGGCUAGAGCGUCGCCCCAACCAGGCAGCCGCCGCGGGCGAGUCGGAGUCCGCCAAGCAGCCGCGCCGCGCCCGCUCCCGGACAAAGCCGUCACCGCCGCCCGCCGCCCCGCCCCGCCCCACCCCGGCAGCAGCCGCUCCGCCGCGGAGCCAUGUCGGCCAGCAGCCUCCUGGAGCAGAGACCCAAAGGCCAAGGCAACAAAGUGCAAAACGGGUCCGUGCAUCAGAAGGAUGGGCUGAACGACGACGACUUCGAGCCCUACUUGAGCCCUCAGGCCCGGCCGAACAAUGCAUACACUGCAAUGUCCGAUUCCUACUUACCAAACUACUACAGUCCCUCCAUCGGAUUCUCCUACUCUCUGGGUGAGGCUGCCUGGUCCACGGGGGGUGAUCCCCCCAUGCCCUACCUAACCUCUUACGGACAGCUGAGCAAUGGGGAGCCUCACUUCCUCCCAGACGCCAUGUUCGGGCAGCCGGGUGCCCUUGGCAGCACUCCAUUCCUCGGGCAGCACGGCUUUAACUUCUUUCCAAGUGGGAUUGACUUUUCAGCUUGGGGGAAUAACAGUUCUCAGGGACAAUCCACUCAAAGCUCUGGCUACAGCAGCAAUUACGCCUACGCCCCCAGUUCUCUGGGGGGGGCCAUGAUCGACGGACAGUCUGCUUUUGCCAGCGAGACUCUCAACAAGGCUCCGGGGAUGAACACCAUAGACCAAGGGAUGGCAGCCCUGAAGCUGGGCAGCACGGACGUGGCCAGCAACGUCCCCAAGGUUGUCGGUUCGGCCGUCGGGAGCGGAUCCAUUACCAGCAACAUCGUGGCAUCUAACAGCUUGCCUCCGGCCACGAUCGCUCCCCCAAAGCCGACGUCCUGGGCUGACAUUGCUAGCAAGCCAGCUAAGCAGCAGCCCAAGCUGAAGACCAAGAACGGCAUCGCGGGUUCGAGUCUUCCCCCGCCUCCAAUCAAACACAACAUGGAUAUAGGAACUUGGGAUAACAAAGGGCCGGUGGCGAAAGCCCCCUCGCAGACCUUAGUGCAGAACAUGGCCCAGCAGCCCCCCCAGGCCUCCCCCCAGCCCGUGGCUCAGCAGAUGAACAGCAGCCCGCCCGUGGCCCAGGCUCCCGGCGGGCAGCAGUCCCAACCGCUGCCCCCACCGCCACCACAGCCCACCCCGCUGCCCGUCCCGCAGCCGGCGGCUCAGCCCACGCGUUGGGUCGCGCCCCGCAACCGCGGCAGCGGCUUCGGCCAGAACGGCACGGAGGGCGGCGGGGUGGGAGCGGCGCAGCCCAGCGCUGGGACGGCUCCUUCGGAACCCCACCCGGUGCUGGAGAAGUUGAGGUCCAUCAACAACUACAACCCCAAGGAUUUUGACUGGAACCCAAAGCACGGCCGGGUUUUCAUCAUUAAGAGUUACUCUGAGGACGAUAUCCACCGUUCCAUUAAAUACAACAUCUGGUGCAGUACAGAGCACGGCAACAAGAGACUGGAUGCCGCCUACCGCUCCAUGAAUGGGAAGGGCCCCGUUUACUUACUGUUCAGUGUCAACGGUAGCGGUCACUUCUGCGGAGUAGCAGAAAUGAAAUCUGCUGUGGACUACAACACGUGUGCAGGUGUGUGGUCCCAGGACAAGUGGAAGGGACGUUUUGAUGUCAGGUGGAUUUUUGUGAAGGACGUUCCCAACAGCCAGCUGCGGCACAUCCGCCUAGAGAACAACGAGAAUAAACCAGUGACCAACUCCAGGGACACUCAGGAGGUGCCUCUGGAAAAGGCUAAGCAGGUGUUGAAAAUCAUUGCCACCUACAAGCACACCACCUCCAUCUUCGAUGACUUCUCACACUAUGAGAAACGCCAGGAGGAGGAGGAAACUGUUAAAAAGGAACGCCAGGGCCGUGUCAAAUAGAAGGGCCAUCCCUCCCCCAGAGACUGCAGCAGAGAUUGCAUCACGCCCAUCUUUCAGAGUAAAGGAAAGAAAGAGCAAAAAAAAACCACAAAAGUACCCCAGAGAGAAUUAGGACUUGGUUGGGUUUUUUUCUUUUUGGUUUCUUUUUCUUAAUUUCAGCGGCUUCAAAAGGAAAACAAAACAAAACAAAAGGACUGUCAAACUCGAGGAGUGAAAAAAGAGAAAAGCAUUGGAAUUUCACAAGACAUAGGACUUUAAAAAAAAAAAAAGGAAAAAAAAUACAGAAAAAAAUGUCCCUUCUAGGUUAUAGAGCAUAGCUAAAGACCGUUCCCUUUCCUUUUGGCUUUGGUUGUGAUUUCGGAGCAUACGCUUUGGUUUUUGUCUUCUUACUACGUUGAUUUUUUUGGGUUUUUUUUUUUUUUUUUUUGGAUCUUAAGGCCCAUAAGUGGCAUUUAUGCCUUUAUUUCCCCCCUCCCCCCCCCCCCCCCCCCCCCCCAUGUGAUUUUUAACCCCGGCCCUACGCCUCCUCCCCUGGUUUUGACAUUUGCACGUGGCACACCGAGCUGUAACACCCACCGUGCAAAGUGGAGGAACUUUCUGUUAUCCCCCCCCUCUCCCACCUGGAAGAGGAGGAGCCCCCCGAGCACGUGGGGGGGUUGGGGCCCUGAGCACGAGCAGACGUUGCCCACGAGGUUCUGUUACAGUGCUCCGUUUUCCUUCUCCCCUUUUGUUACUCAGAAGCACUGGGAGCCCAAAGGGAUGCUCUGCUCUGUGCGUUGCGUGGCUCGCAGGUGAGGUUUGGGUGAAUUGGGUUGGAAAGGUGAGAAUGGCCAUUAAAAGCAAACCAACCGACCGACCGACCUCCCGUUUUGUUUACAGGGAAAAAAAGAAGAAGAAAAAAAAGAAUUCUUUUUUUUUUUUUGGACAAAAAAUAUUGUAAAAUGUGUAGUGAACAUGUUCCUUCAGUUCUUGUUAAGCCAAUGAGGAAUGGGCGUUGCCUUUCUUUUCACCAUUAAUCACUUCUCAGUAAUAAACGUGAGAUCCUGUUGAGCAUCA